AUGUAAGAAAAAAUGUUAAAUGGUAACAUGGGACUCAAGUUGUUGACAGAUGGGAAUCAGAACGAAGGAGUCCCUUUUCGACAACAAAUCCAAAUUUAAUCUUCUGGAGGGGAAUCCAUAAUGUAGUAUUAAAAGAUGCUGACUCAAAAAUAAGAACGCAAAACCCAUUAUGUCAAACAAUUUUGCAAUAAUCUCAAAUCAUAAUCCAAAAGAUUAGGAAAUAUUUCAGAAGAACAAAUAUCCUACGUCGGUGAUAAAACCUCCUAUCGCAGUUCCAAUACCUUCAACAUCAGACUCAUGCAUAAAAACUUUUCGUUACAAUUAGAAUUGAGGUUUUUUGAGAAGAUUAAACAAUUUUUCUCAAAAUAUUUGAACAUGUUUAUUUCAAGUUUGAAACGCAUUGAGCUAUUCCAGCCAGAAUCCCCUAUAAAGUUGAUAUGGGAUUCAGCCUCGUUGGUUUCAAGAUUAUACUUCUUGUUCCUCAUCCCCUUGGAUAUCGCAUGGAGUAAAUAUUCAUUCAUGUUUGACAUGUAUAAUUUGACAUCCUUUAUCUUCUAAAUGGUCCUUCUUGGAGAUUUGAUAGUCGGUUUGAACACUGCAUUCUAUAAACAAGGUCAAUUGGUAACAGAUAGAAAGUAGAUUGUUUAACAUAACUUUUUGAAAUGUUUUGGUUUAGAAUGGACUUCGGCAAUCUAAUUACUGGUCUAUUAGAUACUCACUCAGGAUCCUAUAAUAACUCAGCAGAUCAAAGAUUACAAAAUCUAUCUCACACUGGUGACCUUCUUAGUCCAUUACAGUACUAUACAAGAAUGCCUGGAAUAUUAUGAAGAAGGACUGAAUCUUAGUAAGAAAGCCUCAUCCAUCAUUGAACUCAUUAAACUGAUUGCAGUCUUGUUCUUCAUUAUCCACAUGUUCUCUUGUUUUUGGUUUUGGGUUGGUGACUAUAGUCAUAACAAUUACGGAGUCAGUUGGCUAGAGAAUAUUGUUGACAAAGAUUGGGAAAUACAAUAUCUAUCCUCAGUUUACUAUUCGACUGUUACGAUGUUCACUAUUGGAUAUGGUGAUGUCCUUCCAUAGAGUAACUUAGAAAGAAUUGUUUGUUGUUUGUUCAUCAUCAUGGCAAGUUUACAAUUGCCUUACAGCAUAAACACAGUUGGAGCCAUCAUUUCCAAGAUUAGCGAAUAUGGAGAGGAUAAGAAACGCAAAUUGAGAAUCAUAAAUUCAUACAUGCAAAAAAAGAGAAUCCCAUUUCCAUUGUAGAGUGAAAUACGUCAAUAUUUGAACUACUAUUGGCAAUUAAAUAAGGAGAAGGAUGCAGAAGAAGCAGCACAGAUGAUCAAUCAAUUAUCUGAGAACCUAAAAGAAAGGUUGACCUAAGAAUCAAAUUCUGUUAUUCUCAAUCAGUGUGCCUUAUUUCGGUAUCGCUUUACUCCAGCCUUCAAAAGAGAACUUAUCAAAUCAUUAAAGACCAAGAUAUUAGCUCCUGAAACUAUUAUUGGAGACAAGAAAGAGCUAGUCUAUAUAGAAUCUGGAAUCAUAGAUAUGUAUGGAGAUUAAUAAUGUAAUCUAAAAUUACAAUCUUUCCAAGCUAAUCAAACUAUUGGCCUUAUUCCAUUUAUAACUGGUAAAUUAUUCCCAGAAACCUAUAAGAGUCAAGGCUUUUGUUUGGUAAUGACCUUAUCGCACAGGAAAUUCAAAAAAACUUUGAAAGAUUUUCCUAACGAUUACGAAAUAUUUUGUCAGAUGAAGGACUACUUAUUAUUUAAUGGAAAUGAAACUACUAUCUUCCCUAGAAAAUGCUAUGCUUGUUAAAAUUUUACACAUUAUUCACAUGAAUGUCCUGUCGUGCACUAUGUACCUGAUAGAGAAAAAAUAAUAAAAAAGAGUGCAAUUUCAACAUUCUAAUAAAGAAAAUUGAUUCCACGUUCAGAAAAAAAGAAACCUCGGUAUCCUUCUAGGAAAGUGACUCACUAAUCUUUAAUAAAGGCUUCGUUUGUUGUGCAGCAGGAAAAUUAAGAUGUUGUUUAAAUAUAUGAUAUUCCUGUGGUUGAUGACGAAGAGGAGAAUAAAAUUUAAAAUUUAAAUGCUUAUAAAAAUUUUACAAGUAAAUCUAAAAACAAUGAAGAUAAAAAGAAACAAUUAAUGUCUAAAUUUAGACACUUAGUCAAGAAGAUCACAUUUAUAGACAAAUACUAUCCCAAAUUUCUAAUGAUUAUACUAGGGAAAUUCAGACAAAACUAAAAUCAUUUAAAUCAAGAAUCUCAGCUGAAGUAAUUGAAAUUACGAUAUGAACAUCUUAAAUCCUUAAAAAAAGUGGAUCCUCGAUUAAUUAAUGAUGUUGAUGAUGCCAUUAGGAUAAAUUCGGAAUACAACAUAUUUUAGAAUUAUGAUUUUGAAAGUCCUAAGAAUUUCAUGCAUUAUAAUCCCAAAUUCAAUAUCAACAACAUUAAAAUGAAGAUAGACAAAGCCAAAAUAAGAAUUGUGAAUUCAUUCUAAAGAUACUGCUUAUAUCCAGCCCUCAUUAUGCAGAAGUUCCAUUCGACCAAGACAUCCUAAGAUCUGAUCACAUACAAGAGGAGGAAGAACGUAUUUUUAUGA